AUGACUAGGGAAACCACCAGCCCUAUCCAGCCGAAACACAACCCCCGACUGGAUUUCACAGAUCCACAUUUUUCCGAUGUUCUCCGUGUCACUCACUGCUCGCGUCGCUCACUCCCUGCCGUGACUCACUACAGCGUCAUAGUCAAUCACACGUCACACGUUCGCUCGUCACUCGCUCCACGCCUUCGUGUGCCCACCCCGUCGCCCUCGCUCCCCUCCUCGCCGCCCUCGCUUCCCUUCUCCCGUCGCCCUCGCUCCCCUCCCCGCCCCGCCCUCGCUUCCCCUCCCCGCCGCCCUCGCUUCCCCUCCCCGUCGCCCUCGCUUCCCCUCCCCGUCGCCCUCGCUUCCCCACCCCGUCGCCCUCGCUUCCCCACCCCGUCGCCCUCGCUUCCCCUCCCCGUCGCCCUCGCUUCCCCUCCCCGUCGCCCUCGCUUCCCGUCCCCGUCGCCCUCGCUUCCCGUCUCCGUCGCCCUCGCUUCCCCUCCCCGUCGCCCUCGCUUCCCCUCCCCGUCGCCCUCGCUUCCCCUCCCCGUCACCCUCGCUUCCCCUGCCAGCGCCGUAUCCCUCGCCCUCGCUCCCCCUGCUCGUAACCCUCACCUCCCCAUCCAUCUAAGGAUGGUCGAAUCUGCUGGUCUAUUCGCGGAUUACCUCGCGUCGCUGCCGGCCGCGCAGCUCGACCGCCUAUACUCCUCCCUCUACACGUGCCAAGCCGUGCUCAGGUCCCUCCCUCCACUGGCCAAGCAGUACGUGCUGCGACUGCUCUUUCUCACCGACCCUGUGCCUGCCGCGCUCGUGGCUGAUUGGCCCAAGCCCGAGGCACACAGCAAGCACAAGGCGGCCCUUGACAGGCUGCAGCAGCUGCGCCUGCUGCUGGCAUGCAGCGAAACAGGGUCGCUGGCAGCAGCAGCAUCGUCGGCACCAGCAGCGUUCCGCCUGAACCCCACCUUCCAGCAGCAGCUGCAGCAGGCGCUCACAUCAGGAGCGCCUGUAUCUCGACCCAGCGUGCCGGCCACCCGCCUGCCGUCUGCUGCUGAGCUGGCAGCCCAUGCCACGAGCCACUGGGAGGCAGUCCUCAUGCAUCUCAUAUCGCCGCCAUCCAUAGCUGGGGGUCACGGCGCUGCUGUCAUCACACGAGUGCUCGUACGAGCGGGCCUGCUCACCCACUCGGGGUCGUCUCUCUCCGUCGUAUCAACCUCCGCCUUCCCCUUCCUUCUCAAGGACCGGAACGAGCAGCUGUGGGCAAUAGUCUCGAGCUACAUUGAGUCGGCCCAGGACAGGGGGCAUGACAGUGGGGAUGUGAUUGCAUUUCUCCUGGAGCUCGGAUUCCACAACGUUGGAACGCCAUACAGCAUGACAACGCUGACGAGCAUGCAGCAGGAGGUGGUGGAGGAAAUAGCCCAGCUGGGCUUCGUGCUCACGCAGAAGGGGAGGCACGACCAGUGGUUCAUCCCAACGCACCUUGCAGCUGCACUCUCCUCCAGCCUAUCAGAGUCUGCCACGUCAGAUUCAGAGGGCUUCAUAGUGGUGGAGACCAACUUCAGAGUUUAUGCGUACACGCAGUCCAAGCUGCAGGCGGAGAUUCUAUCACUCUUUAUGAGGUUGGAGUACCGCCUGCCCAACCUAGUGGUGGGGAUCAUGAACCGAGAGACCGUCAACAACGCACUUGCUCUCGGCAUUGUUGCAGAGCAGAUAGUGCAGUACAUGCGGAAGAACGCCCAUCCCCUGGUGGCCACGAAGCCCCCUGUGGUGCCCGAGACAGUGGUGGACCAGAUCCGUCUGUGGGAGUUUGAUCGCAACAGAGUGGCCACCACUGCUGCCGUGCUCUACGACGACUUCCCCACCCAGGUGAUUCCCCAGGUGAUUCCCCAGGUGAUUUCUCAGGUGAUUCCCCAGGUGAUUUCCCAGGUGAUUCCAACAAGAUGA